AUGCCGAAUCGUCAUUAUGAAGCCAAGAAAGUAUUGUGUCCGAUGGGCAUGGAGUAUGAAAAAAUACAUGCAUGCCCUAAUGAUUGCAUCUUAUACAGAAAAGAGUUUGAAAACUAUGAUCAUUGUCCGAAGUGCAAGGCGUCACGCUACAAAAAGAAAGAUGGUGAUUCUAGUGAUGAUGUGAGCACAAAGGGUCCUCCUGCAAAAGUGUUAUGGUACCUACCAAUAAUUUCAAGGUUCAAGAGAUUGUUCUCUAAUGCAAAUGACGCAAAGAACCUUAGAUGGCAUGCAGAAGAGAGAAAUGAAGAUGGAAAAAUUCGCCAUGUAGCUGAUUCUUUGCAAUGGAAGAAAAUUGAUUUGAAGUUUCAAAAUUUUGGCAAAGAGUCGAGAAACCUUAGACUUGGACUUGCUACCGAUGGAAUGAAUCUGUAUGGUAGUCUAAGUUGUAACCAUAGUUCAUGGCCUGUUCUCUUGAUAAUUUACAACCUAUCUCCUUUGCUGUGCAUGAAGCGUAAAUAUAUGAUGUUAUCUAUGAUGAUUCCGGGCGCAAAACAACCAGGAAACGACAUAGAUGUUUAUCCAAGUCCGUUGAUUGAUGAUUUAAGAUUGUUGUGGGAGCAAGGAGUUGAUGUUCUUGAUGCGUAUUCUGGUGAACAUUUCAAUAUGCGUGCCAUGUUGUUUUGCACCAUCAACGACUUUCCAGCAUACGGUAAUUUGUCUGGUUACAGCGUUAAAGGGCAUAAAGCGUGUCCUAUAUGUGAGAAAGAUACAAGUUACCAUCAGCUUAAUCAUGGAAGGAAGACCGUUUAUCUUGGGCAUCGGAAAUUUUUAGACCGUCAUCAUCCAUAUCGUAAAUUGAAGAAAGCUUUCAACGGAAAAUCAGAGUAUGGUGUUGCGCCAAAACCCUUGACUGGAGAGGAAGUUUAUCAACGACAACAACAUGUGAAGGUUAUCUUUGGAAAGAAACAAAAGAAGCUUGCUGAAAAAAAUGUAUGGAAAAAGAGGUCGGUGUUCUUUGAUCUUCCAUAUUGGUCAAGUGUUGAUGUAAGACAUUGUAUUGAUUUGAUGCAUGUAGAGAAAAAUGUUUGUGAAAGUCUAAUUGGCACACUUCUUCACAUUAAUGGCAAGACAAAAGAUGGGUUAAGUGCUCGUUUAGAUUUGGCUGAAAUGGGUAUACGACAACAGUUAACUCCACAACAGAUAGGUAACAAGACAUAUUUGCCUCCAGCAUGUCACACUUUGUCUAAGAAAGAGAAAACAAGUUUUUGUGAGUGUUUACAAGGUAUCAAAGUACCGCAAGGUUACUCAUCAAAAUCAAGAGACUUGGCUUAA